CUUUCGUCAGUCUUCUCGUAAUUGUCCGGUCGUGGUGUGGUUUUGCCGCCAUCGCUGCGAGAUACUCAAAGGUGUGCAGUUUUUGCAACCGAGUCGCGAUUGAAGAGUUGCAGUUUUCCGCCCGUCAGGUCAAAGGUUUCGAGCGUUUCGCGUGAAUCGUACUUAGAAUCAGUGAUUUGCGAAAAUGUCGGCUCCCCUUGUUAACGGGAACUCGGUGAAUUCGUUGAGUGAACAUCGCCGCAAUAUGUACAACUCGAAGGUGACAGUAGUUUUAGGCGCUCAAUGGGGUGACGAGGGUAAAGGAAAGGUCGUGGACAUGCUGGCAACCGCGGCGGAUGUUGUGUGCCGAUGCCAAGGUGGAAACAAUGCUGGACAUACCGUGGUCGCUAAUGGACGUGAAUUCGAUUUUCAUUUACUGCCCAGUGGCAUCAUCAAUGAAAAAUGUAUUUCCAUUAUUGGCAACGGUGUUGUUAUCCAUUUACCUGGUCUAUUCGAUGAGUUGGAAAAGAAUGCGGCUAAAGGUUUACACGACUACCAAAAUCGUUUGAUCAUCUCAGAUCGUGCUCAUUUGGUAUUUGACUUCCAUCAGCAAGUUGAUGGCAUGCAAGAGGCUGAAAAGGGCGGAAAAUCACUUGGAACAACUAAGAAGGGUAUUGGUCCAGCAUACUCGAGCAAGGCCACUCGUAAUGGCAUUCGAGUUGGUGAUCUAUUGGGCGACUUUAAUCUGUUCAAAGAAAAGUUCCUUUCUAUUGUCGCAACUUACCAGAGGCUAUUUCCAAGCGUUCAAGUGAACGUUGAAAGCGAAUUAGAACGGUAUCGAGGCUAUGCAGAAAAACUCCGCCCAUAUGUUAAGGACACCAUUCGUUAUCUCCACUCCGCACUAAAUCACAAUAAGAAGAUCCUUGUUGAAGGCGCCAACGCAGCAAUGUUGGACAUUGAUUUUGGCACAUAUCCUUAUGUGACAAGCAGUAAUUGCAGUAUUGGUGGUGUACUUACCGGACUUGGUAUUCCACCUCAAGCUAUUGGCGAAGUGAUUGGUGUUGUGAAAGCCUACACGACACGUGUCGGAGACGGACCAUUCCCGACUGAACAAAAGAAUGCAAUCGGCGACAUGUUGCAAGAACGCGGUGGUGAGAUUGGAGUUACUACGAAGCGGAAGCGCCGUUGUGGCUGGCUUGACAUCCCACUCCUGAAGUAUACUUCCCUUGUUAAUGGCUAUACAGCCAUUUGCCUUACUAAGUUAGACAUCCUUGAUACACUGCCUGAAAUUGAGGUGGCGGUUGGGUACUCAUUAGAUGGGAAACCAAUCGAUUACUUCCCUGGCUCUAUUUCGGAUUUGGGUCGAAUCGAAGUGAAGUACAAGACAUUGCCAGGUUGGCAAACGGGUACGGAGAACGUUCGGGAGUUCAGUGAAUUGCCCGUCAAUGCACAAAACUACAUUCGGUUUAUUGAAAAUGAACUUGCCAUCCCGGUCCGAUGGGUUGGCGUCGGAAAGGGACGAGAGUCAAUUAUCAACGUUUAGUUUUAGGACGAAUGUUUUUUUCGCUUCAAUUACAAUAUAUUAUUACAAGUUAAGGCUAGUCGUUAAUGUUUAAGAAAAAUGGAUUGCAUUUGAGAUGAGUAUUGUGAUCCUGCUUUCUAUGUCUAAAUUUGUUUAUUUCACUUUUCGUUCGGUUUUAAAGUUAUCGCGAUAUCAAGAGAAUAUUUGUGAAAAGAAAUUAAGAAAUUUUCUGCAGCUUUGGCUAUUGAUAAAUCUAUUUGUUGUCAUAAGAACAAAGCGCAAUCGAUACUUACUUUUAGAAAAACUAAGAAAAUGUACAUGUUCGCAUGUUGAAGAAUACUUUCUACCAUUUGAGUGUACACCUAAUUAUGUAAUAAAAUGCCUCAAUUUAGCAUUACAUCAGCCGAUAUUGUUGGGUUCUUAUGUGUGUGACCGUUUUUUCCAAGUGAUCUUCUUACUGGUUCCCUUGUUAUCCUCGAAAUUUCUUACACUUCUUUCUUACUUGUAGUAUUCUUGCCAUUGCAGUAUGAGUAAUUAUGUACUUAAAUUUUACAAAACGUAGGUCAGUUUGCUGGUUGGGAUGGACUCCCGAUUCCGAAAUAUGCGUUUAAAGAGAAAGAUAUGGUUUGUUAGAGCAAACUGGGCGUGCUAGCUGACACGUUCACUUCCUGAGAUCAAAGACUCUCAAUUACGCAUAUUGAAGACAACUCAGCUCCCACAUUCAUACUACAUAUUCAAGUCUGUUGCGUGCCUUAUUUGCAAUAAAAAAUGAUGGAUGAUGUUGUAAAUAAUAAAUAAUACAACUGCUCAUUUCUUAGCAAUAAAGUAUUCAGGUUUGGAGGGUCAAUAAGCAUUACAAAGACAAGGUAUUAACAUUAUGCAAAUUUUCUCUUACACCUAAGAUUUCCCUUCGCCCCAACACAAAUUUAAAUUUAAAUGAAUAUUGGUGAUAUAUCCACUCAAAUUUAAACAUUUUAAAAGCCAUUGCCAUCUUCUUCCGCAACUUAUAUUAUAAAUAACAAUCAGAAUAGAGUCAUGAAUGAUAAAAAACACCUAAAAUAAAAUUGCCUACAAUCAACACUUAAA